AUGGCUUCUGGGUCAUACCUAACCUCGGCGCAGCAGACCCGAAAUUCCCGGGGUGAUCGCAUAUUACCGAGAACAGCAUCAGGCAACAACAAUAGCAGCAGCAGCAGCAGCAGCCGAAUGGUUCACAACCCCGGGGGUAGCCAACGUUCGUUAUCUCCCAUUAAUCGACGACAAAUAACCAUGGGAUCCUCACAGCAACUGCAGGGUAGCUACCGCGGCAUGAAACGAACACAGACGGCCCCUGUACCCCCCAAGACGAGCCAUACAGGUCCUCCUACUGCUGCUGCUGCGACAAUGAGGCGCAAUCAAACCGCUCCCAUUCAUCAUACUACUGCUACAAACACGAAACCCAAACCACGCCGUCUGCUUGUCGAUUAUUCCAAGAAACGAGCCAAUUUGACGCAGGGACGACAAACCCAAUCGGAGCGGACCCUGCUACCCCCGAGGACCAAGUCGUUGGACCAACUGCCAGACAACCGAGGCUCCUUUGCCACAGCACACUCGUACCAUGAUCGUCCCAAUUCCGAUCGAAAUUUAGUGGCUACUGCCAGUUCGGCUACUGCUGGUCCCAACAACAUUCCACGGGGUGCUUUGAAUCGCCACAAUACCACGGGCACUACCAGUAAAGCUGGCCCCACUAAUAUUCCCAGAGGAGUGUUGAAUCGCCACAAUACCACGGGCAUGUCACGAUCGCAAAGUGCACGAGAAGUGGUAGAUUGGCACGUAUUAAAUUCCACGUUGGACUGGGAAAAAGAAGAAGAGAAAACCCGUCAAUCGAUUGCUUCACAGCAUGCGUCUUCGAAUACCCGAAGAGGGAGACGACGAAUACAACAUCAGCAGCCACAACAGCAAGAGAGCAGUAGCUGCUCCAAUCUCCUACGCAAGUCAUUCUUGACCAAACCAUUGGGAACCAGUUCCAGUCAUUUACAAGGGACAGAGUUUGAAUUUACACCCUCCUUUGGUGGGAAUAAUAGUUAUGAUGAUGACAAUGAUCAACGUGGAAGGCAGCAACACAAUCAUCAGACCAUUGCCAUUGCCCGAAGAGCUUCCCUGUCUCCCAAGAGAAAGAAUGUCAGUCCCAAACUGGCAGAACAACGCAAAAAAUCGAUCAUGAUUAGUCCCCAACAAAGGAAAAAUGGAUUGGCUACAUCGCCAGCGCUCAUGGACGACGAAUCCAUGCGAUUGGGAGAUGUCUUUGGGAGUAGCAGUCGCAUGGAUAAUAGUAGUAGUAAUGACGGCAACAGCCGGCGUCGACAACAAGAACCACAAGAAGAAGAACAACCCGCCGAUGAUUUCUUUUCACGCUUGGACAAGGAAGCUCAAAUGCCCAAUCACGUGCAGCCAUUGAAUCAAGAACGACUCUAUCGCAGCAUGUCUGCAUUGGCCAACACGUUGGUGGUUCCACCCAAACUAGUGUCAUUGGAGCAACAACAACCAAGAGACAGCAAUGUCAGUGUCCUUUCCAACGCUUCUUAUUUGAAAGACGACAGUCAUGAUGAGGACGAGGACCAGCAACUUCAACAACAACGAAAUGGCAGUCACAAUAGCAACAUGGAUGCUUCCGUCGGUGAUGAUGUCAGCGUCGCCAGUGUUGGGAGCUUGUCGUUUCGCAGAACGUCAGGGGACAAGAAUAAAAGAAAUGGGAGUCAUCAUUUGAAGGGAUCACUGGCGGGGUUGCCGUCGUGGGAUGGAGAUUUUGACAAUUCGCUGUCUUCUUCCUUCUCGUCUCAUUGGGAACCCAUGUCGGACAUGUCGUCGGUCGUGAGUAAUAAUAAUAAUGAAAUGGAAAAGAACCAUUCUCGACGAUCACAACAGCAACAGCAAUCCAAUAAUACUCCUGGAUCUUCCCCGACCAAGCCGCGAACGUUGGCGUCUUCCCCCACGAAGCAACGAAACUCGGGUGCUUCGCCUACUACUGGAAACAACAAGCAACGUUCGUCGGCUGCUUCCAGAAAAAUGAGAGUGUCAAACAAGGCAGCAGCGUCUACAGCACUAGGAAUCAAAGAAGACGAGGACGACGAUGAGGAAGAGGAUCUCCUUUUUUUGCCCAAAUCGAUGCAACCAGCACGAUCGCCGCUGGAUGAUUCUUCGAGCAACAACAAGAGAGGUGGCAGGUCUCGAUCUUCUGCAAAUAGUAGUAGUGCAAAGAAUGAGGACGUUCCAGAUUUGCUGCAACAACAGCAACAAGAAGAGAAUGAUGCCGACGAUGACGCAUCAAUUUCCGUGGACGAAAUUCACGAGGAAGAGAAGCGUGCUAGUGAACCGGGACCCCUUCCACCGCCCCCAGCUUCUACCAAUCUCCGACGGUAUCGUACGACUGGGGAUGAUCCGUUGCCAUCUCGGCAGUCUGCCAACAAUCUACGACGUCAUCAUUCGGGUGGAGGAGAUCGCCUCAACCGUUCCACAACUCACUUGAGGCGCACCCGAAGCAACGACGAAGACAAGAUGAAUCGCAGUUUCACCAGUGAUCGCAAUCGGAAUGUUUUUUUGAACAACGGCAAUGAUAGCAACAGCAGUGGCGAAUUCAACUUGCGUUUUGCCUUUCGAAAACAGCCAUCGGGAGUGGGUCUAAUGAAUGGCUCGAGCAAUUCCAUCUCGAGGUGCAAUUCCAGCGAUUCCAGUAUGGGUUUGGACGACGAAGAGAUGAAGAAACAAAGAAGGGAUCAAUUGAUCAAACAAAAUUCGUCAUUCAAAAAGCAUCGGAAGCAAGCGAGUAACAGGGAUCUGGUGAAUGCAGAUCUGCGGGACUCUACCAACAGCAACGCCACUGAGAUUUCGCGAGCACGCUCAGGGGCGAAAGGGCGACAGCUCUCGUGCGAUAUGCUCGGUUCGGAAUACGACCGGUUCACAAAGCGAGAACAGCUCAAAAAAGCUCAAUCUGCUCGAUCUGUGUCUCCAACUCCCCGACGAAAUGCCGCACUCUUGGCCAAAAUGAAGUCCGAAAGGCAGAUGCAAGACCCACAACAAAGUGCCAAGACAAUCAAGAAAGCAUCAUCUUCAUCGAAGCUAAUGUCCAUGGCCAUGCCAGGAUCCAAGUUCAAGUCCAUUUCAUCCUCGAAUCUCAUGUCUUCCCUGCGAGAUGCGCCCAAGAAUAUGAUGGAUACAAUGACAAAUUCCAUUCGAGAUGCACCCAAAAAUAUGAUGGGAUCCGUGACGAACUGGAGUCGUGGUACGAACCAAGAAACAACGUGGAGUCGCAACGCUGGCGAUAGGCCCGGUCUUGUCAGCCAAGGGUCGUCUCGUCGAGAUCGUUUCCGACGACAGAUGUCGCCUCGUCGGGGCGAACUACUUGGUUCAGCAGGACUUUCCUCGUCGUUCUCGCCCACCCGCCCUGCUCACAAGGCCAAGAAUCCAAUCGGUCGAAGCAAAAGUAUGGACGAGGACUCUAGAUUUGGAGCAGGAGGCUUCAAGCCCAGUUUGCCCGGUCGAGGAUUCCGAGAAUCCAUGAUUCGCCAAUCCUCCUUCGUUACAGGUUCGCGCAUUCGUCGACAUAAUGGCGGCCGUGGCGGUCUUCAUAAGAAUCAUCACAAAGAUGGAAGCAGCGGCUUUGAAAGUGGGAGCGACAAGUCAAACCUUCUACACUACAGCAGCCCCAACUUGAUGUCUCCGUUCUAA